AUGGUUGAAAGAUUUCUGACUCGUUUGCUCAGACCUUUGAGGAUCCGGCCAUCGGACGACCUAAAUGCGCCACUCCAGAAUGACCAUGUAGAGGUCGCAGUCUCCCUCAGCAAGGAAACGGGUGAUCUCUUUGAGGAAGUAGGAAGAGAAAAUGACGGGCUUUCCGAGGAGGCCAAUGCACUGUCGAAGAAGCUUCUAGAUGUCCACGAAUAUCUCAGUCGGGUUAGAAGACACACAGACCCAGACCCUAGAAUUCGGGAUCGAGCGCUAGAUCUUCUUCAAGUGCUGAUGCUCAUUGUUAAGUGGCCGGCCUGCCCCGAGGCAGCGGAACGGCCAGAUGAAAACCUACGCAGGAUUGUGGAGGCUUUCAACUCUCACCCGCAGAGCGAUCAAAAAGCAAGGUUCACCGAGGUUCUGAGAACAGGGCCGACAUUCCUUGUUUUGAGUCUCAUCAUUACCGCGCGUUUGAUCAUGGAGCUCGACCAGUCCACGACACUUCCGGAUGAGAUAGCAAUUCUGAUGAGCGAUCGUGGGGCGUCGCAAGAAGACGGAUCACCACGGGAUACAGCCAUGCCACGCAUUCUGUCAGCCCUCUGGGAUCUUUCAGGAUGCGAGGGUUGUGAGAGGUCCCCGACUGAGCAGAAGGGGCACGUUGGCAGGCUAUACCUGGGCAGGCCCGAGCGAACAGACGGUGCGAAGAGCAUGUUGGAUGUGCUCAUCUCUCCGCCUUCAUUGCAGUAUUGGCAGGAGUUUGGGUGUACCACGACCCAGGAAGAGAUUACCUCGGCCGGAAAGGCUCCGCCUGCGAAGAUGGACGGGACCAACUUGUGUACGAAGCUGGGUGAAGAGAAUCACGCUCGCCUGCUCUUGCAGCUCGAAGACGGCGGAUUCUCCACGUACGACUAUGCCUGCGCAUUGCACCAUGAAGCCGCACCCGGCAGUGGGGUCCCCCUAAGGCGCGCUCUUGAAGAAUACAGGCUCGACAUUCCGCAGAAGAUUGCGUUGUGUCAUGCCGUGGCACGCGGGUUCUGGCAGUCGUAUGAGACGAAGAUGAUGCUGGCGAGGUGGUCCGAUACCACCAUCUCGCUUAUGCCAAACUCCGACAACCCGGCUGACCCGCUGCCAUGCAAAGCCUUCAUCUCAAUCCCCUUCACCCUCACUGAGCACGAGUUGGAGGAGUUUUCGACCAGGGACCUGAUUCACCGAUGUCCCCGGAUUUUUUCACUGGGGGUUCUGCUCCUGGAGAUUUGUCUGGGAAGGUCGAUUCAGACGCCCCAGCUCCAACAAGAUGCAACGGGCUUUGUUCGCGAUAUGAACAAAACCUUCCGCACCACCUCGAAGCUCUUCGACGAAUUCCAAGACGACAGCUGGACAGGGUACACGGGCAAGUUUGUCCUGAACCAGGCCAUUGAUGCGUGUGUUUGA